ACAUUCCGGGUUCUGUUUGCUAGAACACGUGCCUUUGAUCGCUGAGAGAGCUCACACACGCACACACGUGUUGGAUCCACAUUCACUUGUUACUGGAAGUUAUCAGAUUUGAAAUUUCUGUAAUAUCAUCAUGGCAAAUAACAACUCUGAACCCCUGAGCGACACUAAGAAGGAAUCGCUCAAGAAGAACUUGAAGAGAAAAGUCAGAGAAGGUGAAGAUGGACUCUCAAAGACAAAGAGGAGAAGACUGAACUACAACCAGGCUGAGAAGGAAUCAGGAUCGGCCUCGUCUGCGGACACUGGCAAUGGGAGCAGCAGCACACAGUCCAGUAGGUGCGGUACAACAGUGGAGGAUGUGAGCAAGAGGACUGGAAAGAGGAAGGCUGCCGCUGAUGAAGAAGAACCCUGCGCGAAGAGAAGGAAGGGCCGGCCAACCAUGACGGAUUUGAUAGAUUCCCGAAGAGCUGAAUUUGAGGCCAAAUACCAGCAGGAGAAUCAUCUCGGUGAAGGAGGCUGUGGAUGUGUGUUUGCUGGCUACCGCAAAGCAGAUCAUUUACCUGUUGCCAUCAAACACAUAGCAAAAGACAAAGUGUUGUGCAAAGAGAGACGAAAUGGGAAAGAACUCUCAGCUGAGGUGGCUGUGAUGUUAAAACUCCAAGCUGGAAGAACUGGAUUAAUGGAGGAAUCAGCACCCGUGUCACUCCUGGACUGGUAUGAUCUGGACCAGGAGCUGAUCCUGGUACUGGAAAGACCAAUGCCAUGUAUGGACCUUUUAAAUUACAUCAGGACAAACAGAGGCCACUUACAGGAGGACAAGGCAAAGAUCAUACUUAAACAGUUGGUUGAUGCAGCAAAUGAACUCGAGGAUAAGCGCAUCUUUCAUCGGGAUAUCAAACCCGAAAACAUCCUGAUUGAGACCAGCUCAGAUGUGCCGCGUGUUCGUGUCAUUGACUUUGGACUGAGCUGUUUCUUCAAGAAAACAUCAGUUUACCGUGUCUUCUGUGGUACCCCCCAACACGUCCCUCCGGAGUGGUACAGUCAUUAUACCUACAGGCCCGGCCCCACCACAGUGUGGCAGAUGGGAGUGGUCUUAUAUGAGCUGCUCCACAGAACAGUCCGAUUUGAUACCACAAGUUUCCUCAGACAUGAGCUGCCAAUCAGGGAUGAGCUGUCCAGAGGUAAGAAAAACGUACUCAUAUGCAAACACAGAGCUGUUCAUUUCCAUUCACCUCCUGAGGAAUCACUGUGGCUGUCAGCUCCAACUUUCUCAUCUUUCUUUCCCUCCAGAUUGCCGGGAUUUCUUACAGAAGUGUUUAAACACAUCCUACAUGCUGCGACCUACUCUGAAGGAGCUCCAGCUUCACCCAUGGCUCAGAUAAACCAACACUACAUUCACAGACCGUCCGCCAUGCUUAUACAGGUUUUCUCCGGGUGCUCCGGUUAG